CUGUUGGAGUGUAUGGAUGUUCCAGCGUCCUGUAGGAGAGGAGAAACCCUGAGACAAGUGUUCACAGUUCACCUUUCCCAAACUUCUAUGACUCUUGGAUGUUUUUGAAAUGUCCGGGUUUCGGCAUCUUUCAGUUUUUCCUGUGGAAGCCCAGCAGCUUUCAAUCAGUAAAGAAAUGGUUUCCUUUGAGCAGCAGGAGAGGAGCUCCAGUCUGAACCAGGACAUUACUGAGCCUCCACAUGUUAAACUGGAACCAGAGGAGCUGUGGAGCAGUCAGGAAGGGGAGCAGCUCCCCUUGCCAGAGAAUGCUGAUAUAAUCCAUUUUGCUUCAGUUCCUGUACCUGUGAAGAUUGAAGAAGAUGAGGAAAAACCUCAGUUCUCACAUUUUCAUCAAAAGAAAACAGAACAGGUCGUAGGAGGUGCUGAUGAAGAUGACUGUGGGGGACCGAAAACAGCCAGCUACUUAGAUCCAGAGAGAGAUUUACAACCAGAGACUGAGGUCAAGACUGAAGACUCCUCUGAGGCUGAGACUGAUGACAGCGCUGAUUGGAGUGAGCCAACAGAAGACCAGUCAGGUUUAAAGACAUUUGAAAACAUCAAAAAUAAGAGAAGGACUUAUAAAUCACAUGCCUGUUCUGACUGUGGUAAAAUAUUUCAACGGAAAUCCAAUCUAAAUGAACAUAUGAGAAUUCACACAGGCGAGAAACCUUUCAGCUGUUCUGAGUGUGGUAGAACAUUUUCCACAAAAGGAAAUUUGACCAGACAUAUGAGAGUUCACGUAAGAGAGGAGCCCAUUAGCCCCUCUGAGUGUGGUAAAAGAUUAGAUCUGGAAAGUCAAAUGACCAAACAAAUGUUAGUGAACACUAAGCAAAAAUCAUUCAAAUGCCCAGAGUGUGGUAAAAGAUACGCUCUUAAAAAGUCUCUGGUCAGACACAGGAAAACUCAUACACGAGAGAAACCCUUAGGCUCUCCUGAAAGUAGUAAGCCAUUCAGCCUUCAACAAGAUCUGGCAAAACAUGUGAGAACACAAACAGGCGAGAAACCCUUCAGCUGUUCUGAGUGUGGUAGAACAUUUUCCAUCAAAGGAAAUUUGACCAGACAUAUGUUAGUUCACACUACAAGGAAACUGUUUAGAUGCUCUGAGUGUGAUAAAGGAUUUAGUCUUGAAAGUUAUCUGGCCAAACACAAGAGGUCUCACACAGGAGAGAAACCCUUUGAGUGCUCAGAAUGUGGUAAAAGGUUUGCCUUUAAAAAUAAUUUGACAAGACAUGCAACAAUUCACACGGCGGAGAAACCUUUCAGCUGCACUGAGUGUGGAAAACGUCUUAAAACAAGAUGUAGUCUGUCCAACCAUAUGUUCAUUCACACUAAACAGAAGCAGUAUGGAUGCUUCGAGUGUGGUAAAAGAUUUGCCUUUAAACGUUCUCUGAGAAUACAUAUGAUAAUUCACACAGGAGAGAACCCCUUGAGCUGCUCAGAGUGUGGUAAAGGAUUUAACCAUACAGGUCAUCUCAGAGAUCAUAUGAGAAUUCACACCGGAGAAAAACCAUUUGACUGCUCCGAGUGUGGUAAAAGAUUUAAACUCCCAGGGCAUCUUAAAGAACAUCUGAGAAUUCACACAGGAGAGAAACCCUUCAACUGCUCUGAGUGUGGUCAGAAAUUUACCAGACAAGGAAGUUUGAGCAGGCACAUGAGAAUGCACUCUGGAGACAAACCUUUUAGUUGCUCUGUGUGUGGUGAAAGAUUUAUCCAAAAAGUGUCUCUGGACAACCAUAUGUUAAUUCACACUGGAAAGAAACCCUUCAGAUGCCCUGAGUGUGGUAAAAGAUUUAGAUGUAAAAGUACAAUGACCAGACAUAGGGGAACUCACACUGGAGAGAAACCCUUUGAGUGCUCAGAGUGUGGAUUUGCUACAAAUGAUAAUCUGAAAAGACAUAUGAGAACACACUCUGGGGACAAACCUUUUAGUUGCUCUGUUUGUGGUGAAAGAUUUACCCAAAAAGUUUCUCUGAACAAACAUAUGUCAAUUCACACUGGAAAGAAACCCUUCAGAUGCCCCGAGUGUGGUCAAAGAUUUAGACUUAAAAGUACAUUGACCAGACAUAGGGGAACUCACACUGGAGAGAAACCCUUUGACUGCUCAGAGUGUGGUAAAAGAUUUGGCCAACAAGACUGUCUGUCCAGACAUAUGGUUGUUCACACUAGACAGAAACAAUUCAGCUUCUCUUAGUGUAAUAAAAGGUUUAAAUGAAAAAAUUCUCUGUCCAGACAUAUGUUAGCACACUCAUGACAGAAACCCUUUAGAUGCUAAGAAUGUGGUUAACGAACCAGCCUUGAAAGUUAUCUGGCUAAACACAGGAGAACUGAGAAAAAAGGAAAGUUAAAACCAUCAUCAUUAUGUAAGUCUGAUAGAUCAGCCAUGAGUGCAAUGAACUGGUGAGUGUGUGAUUGUUGAGUUGAAAUGAAGAGGACAGAGAGAGAUGUAUUUCAAGUUGACCUUAACCUUUCACACUUACAUUUAUAUUAUGUAUAUGUACAUGUGUGCUCCUUUUCACAAGUGCUUUUCUAGCAAAAGUGAAACCUAUGUUUUGUGUUGUUUUCUAUGUAGAUUCAUACGUCAAGGUGCUGAGAGAGACAUUUACUUUCAUAAAGUGGUUUGAUAUUGCGAGGAAGGGGCAGGACUAGAUAAGCUUUUUGCUUCAUUCUGCCCCUUCUCAAACACCUAAUCUGUGCUUUUCUAGUUGCUGAAUGCAUAAUGUUUUGGUUGUCAAGAUUAAGUUGUACUUAUAGGUACAUCUAGAAAAUUUAGAAUACCAUGAAAAAGUUCAAUAUUUUUGUCACUCUUCUGAAA